AUGCUGGGCGGGGGGGGGAGGAGGAGGAGAAGCACAAAUCCACUGCAAUUCCUCCUCCGGCGGCGGCGGCGGCGGGGGAAGCGGCUUUUCCUUCGCCGGCUCACCAGCAGCCCCGCUCCGGCUCGGCGGCUGCGGCUCCGGGGCCCCAAAGGCGCCCCCUCCUCCCCGCACCUCCCCCGCCGCCGAGCAGCGCCGCGGCUGGCCGAGGGGGCUGGGGAGCGGGGCACCAUGCCUGGAGGCCGGGCAGCCAAGGACCAGGCGCCUCCCCCUCCUCCCUCGGCCCCCCUCCUGCGCUGGGACGAGGUGCCCGAGGACUUCGUGGAGUGCUUCAUCCUGUCGGGCUACCGGCGGCUGCACUGCAGCGCCCAGGAGUGCCUGGCCUCGGUGCUGCAGCCCACCAACGAGACGCUCAACUUCUGGACCCACUUCAUCCCCCUGCUCCUCUUCCUGAGCAAGUUCUGCCGGCUCUUCUUCCUGAGCGGGGCCGGCGAGCUGCCCUUCCACCACCCCUUCCUGCUGCCCCUCUGGUGCUACGCCUCGGGCGUCCUGCUCACCUUUGCCAUGAGCUGCACGGCCCAUGUGUUCAGCUGCCUCUCGCUGCGCCUGCGCGCGGCCUUCUUCUACCUGGACUACGCCUCCAUCAGCUACUACGGCUUCGCCAGCACCGUGGCUUAUUCCUACUACCUGCUGCCCGGCCUGCGCCUGCUGGACGCGCGGGCCAUGAGCCGCUACCUGCAGCAGCGCCUGGGCUGGCAGCUGGACUGCAGCCUCCCCAUCGCCCUCUAUAGCGCCCUGGUGCUGCCGGUGGCCUUUGUGCUGGCCGUCACCUGCACCGUGGCCUGCUGCAAGAGCCGCUCCGAGUGGUGCGCCUACCCCUUCGCCAUCCGGACCUUCGUCUUCGCCAUGCCCCUCAGCAUGGCCUGCCCCAUCAUGCUGGAGAGCUUCUUCUUCGAUCUGCGGGGGCAGAACCCCACCCUCUUCGUCUACUUCUACAGGCGCUACUUCUGGCUCCUGGUGGCCGCCUUCUUCAACAUCAGCAAGAUCCCUGAGAGGAUCCAGCCGGGGCUGUUUGACAUCAUCGGGCACAGCCACCAGCUCUUCCACAUCUUCACCUUCCUCAGCAUCUAUGACCAGAUGUACUAUCUAGAAGAAGGGCUGCUGCAGUUCCUCAAAUCCCCACCUGCCUCCCCUACCUUCCUAGGCACCAUUGGAUAUAUGCUGCUCUUAAUGCUUUGCCUGGGAAUGGUCAUAAGGAAAUUUUUGAACGUUGCAGAUCUCUGCAAACAGGACUAGGUGGCCAGAUAUAUGUAUUCCUAUUGUGAUUCCUGUUCUUAUUCUUUUUAGAGAAUGCUGCAAAAAUUUAAGUGAAAUCUACAAAGGAGCCAGGUACCUUUCUAUUGAAAGUGGUUGUUUCCUCCUGUCAGUCACGGAACUGCUAGAAUACUACUAUUACUCUUUAAAUGACUAGGUUCCCAAGGGAAGAAAUCAAGCACUGUUGUUUAUAACUACUCCUACAUUGUUGUUUAGGACACAAGGUGGAACCAUUUAGCACUACUGUUUAAUUUGCUAGGAAAAAAAAUGCAUGAACUGUGAAGGCCCCUUUACUAACUCUAGACUGUUUAGGAGAUUGUUUAGGACACAAGGUAAAACCAUUUAGCACUACUGUUAAAUCUGCUAGAAAAAAAGAAUGCAUGAACUGUGAAGGCCCCUUUACUAACUCUAGACUGUUUAGGAGAUUAUUUAAAUGAGCAAUAUAUGCAUCGGCAUCAGGAUUAUACACAUAGAUAUUUAAUCAAAUCCUAUGUGGAAUUCCCUAGCAGAUUAUGCACUGAAGUUCUUCUUCUGUACUACUGUAAUAGCCCUUUGAGGUCACAUGCACUGGAACUGGAUUUUAAAUGCAAACAAGCUGACAGCUGUCCAUAGUUUUUUUCCCCCCUAGUGUUAUAGCCUUUGUGGCAACCAAGCUACAGUUAAGAUUUUAGAGAGAAAGGUAAAAAACAACUGUGAACUAUUAGGGAGCUAUAAUUUGAUCAAGGGAUUUUGGUCAUUUUGUGCAACUGAAGCUUGAAUGGUUGGUACAGUCAUUCCAAGGCAAAAUAGAAAUACAGAGCCAGAUUCUUAGCUGGUGUAAAUUGGCACAGUUCCAUUGAAGUCAUUGGACCAGUAGAGGAUCAAGCCCGGAGAACCAAAACCUAAUUCCCUACUCACACAAAGCUCCCAUUGACUUCAAUAGGAGGUUCGUGGAGCUGAGAACAUGAUUUCACCCAAAGACCCUAAUCCAACAUCUGAUUUUUUUUUUAAAUUAUGAAGUAUAUUGACCUGAUUUCUGCUUCCCCUCUUUUUCUGCUCUUUAGUUAGUUGGGGCCAGAUUCUGUCACCUUAGACUACUGUAGAAUAAGAUACUACGGAAGAUGCAUAGGAACUACUGAACGUGUUAUAGGAGGGAGAAUCUGGCUCUAGAUAAGCACUCAGUUUUAUAUUUUGACAUCCUUCCCCUGCUGCUUCAUAAUUCAAUUUACCUUUGCAGCAGUUGGACAUUUUAAAGCCCUACCUAAGUGGCUGUGCUGUGGAUGUUUCAGAGGGCAAAAGUUUUAAUUGGGUGACUAUUCCAGUUUACAGGUUAACUACACCCAUGAAUAGAUUUUUAAAAAAAUACAAAUUUGCAAUGUCUUUGCACAGUAACCCAGGUAUUAUCAGCAAAGAGAUGACUUAAUUAUUAACAACAUACUAUUGAUACUAAUAAAGAUUUUGUAGAUUAUAAAUGGAUGGGGUUUUAAACAGAAAUAUUUUAAGGUUAUAUGACUGGACAAACAACAAGCAUGCAAUAAUAUAAUACAAGGAAAUUACGAUCGAAGUUCAGGUGGCAAACUACUUGUUAUGCUCCAUUUUCAAAAUGUAUGAUGUCGCUACUUACUGGAACUCUAGACUUACAUUGCACAAUAACUUAACUACUCUUUAUACAGGGCAUAUUCAUCUCUACCUGUGGAAAUACAUUUCUGCCUAUACAUUUGUUUUCAGAUAUGAUGUAUCAAGCCCUAAUUAAGUAUUUGGGGCCCAAUCUUGUAGUCCUGAUUUAGGAAAAAACUCCCAUUGUCAUCAAAGAGUACUGUGGUUGAGUAGGGAUUGCAGGAUCAGGCUCUUAAUUUGAGGUUGGAGUCUUCACACAAACAUGAUUUUGAAGGCUGAAUGCAUCAGUGACUGUCAUAUAUAGAGGGAGCUCCUGUGAUGGUUCUCAAGGUACCCAGGACAGAGUCACCUUAUUAUCCUCCUGCCUCCAGAGAGAGGGAAACUUGCUUGUGCUUAACUGGGUGUUAGUUCCUUGACACCACCAGCCUGUUAGCCGUACAAGCACUUUCUUCUGGGCUAUACCAGCCCUUACUUUACCUUGCAGGUUAACAAUAGGUGCAGCCCAGUCCCCAAACCCUUUGAGGUGUUCCCUUGUAAUGUCAACCCCUUAUCCACUAAAUACCAUGUCACAGAAAUACCAGGUCUUCUGCCCCCAAGGGAACAGUGUACUCACCAACUUUUAUGAUUCAACACAGGAUCAACACCUUGCUUAAUACCACAGCACUGAGAUAUAUUUAUAGUGAAAAACAACCAUAAAUUUAUUAUCAAAGAUUCAAGAGAUAGUGAGUAAGGGUAAUGGAAACACAAAGGUUACAUAUAAAACAAAAUCAUAACACACUUUCUAGAGACUAAACUCAACUAUUGUCUUAGCCUCCUUGUCUAAUGAAGUUUCUCACCCAAAGCCUUUUUCAACAUUUUCAGUGAAGGCUGGUUGUGAUCCCAUUUUCAUUAAUGUAAACACACUGCUCAUUUACUUCCUAAAUGCAGGAUGGUGGGGUAUCUGUUCCCCAAAUAUAGUUCAGCAAACCUUUGAAGUAUAUCUGAAGAUAAGUUUCUCUUCCCCCUGCUGUGUUUCUCUGUUAGUCUCUUGCUGAAAUUCUUAUAACCAUCUGCAUUCAUCUUAGAUAGGUGAUGGAAGACCCACUGUGAAUGACAAAAUACUUCAUUUACAUUUCAACACAGAAUACAUAAAUAAACAUCCCUUGUCUGACAGGAAACCUGUAUCCACCCCUGCUGUAAUACAGACUGUAAGAACAUAUUUUCAGUAUACAUACAGAACAUACAUAGUACAGUAUUUGUAUCUACAUUUCACAACAAUGACAAUGAGCAGUGUGACCCAGCUUUUCAUUUAAGACCUCAUGUAACAUUCUUUGGUGAACCAGAAUGUACAUACUAGAAUCAGGAUAAUAUUGUAACCCCCCCUUGCCAGUUGGCAUUGAGGAGGGCUUGGGUCACUCCAAAAACCACCGCUCUCAUAACAGAAGGAGAUUUUCAAAGACACAAAAAGCCUUUAAAUGCUCCAUUUCCACUGAAAGUCAAUGGAAGUGGUGCAUUUAAACUCCCAUUUAUGCCUUUGCACAUAUUUUCCAGAAUGCUUAUCACUAGAGUCCUUUAUGCCUGAGCAGAAGCAGACAUUUUCCAGUGUGACUAUCAUUAAGACCCCUUGGUCCAAUGACUUCUUCCACUCUUUUCAGAUAGGACUCAGUUGGCAGUCUUUGUGUACCCAAAACUUUCACUGAAGUCAGAGAGAGUUUCAAUCUGGCAAGAAGGAUUACGCCUAUCAUGAGUUAGGGCUGCUUGAACCCAUAGAUAAAUUCUCCUCUUCACUGCCUACUUUUGGGGUUGUUUAAGUCAGAGAAUUCAUCCUUCCCCAUUCCAUGACAUUCAUCUGGUGAUUAUUGAGGCAUGUUGCGGCCCAAUGAGAUGCAGUUUUUCUCAUGACCCAAGAGGUGGAUAAUAGAAGGAAAAGGGGGUACACUUCACCUUAUUUCCCUACAUAUUUUUUACAUUAUUCUAGUUUUGGUUUUAUCGAGCUACAGUAUUUAAUAGGAUAUGGCCCAACACAAAUAUCACAUUCAUUCUUUGUCAGCCAUGGGUCUGCUAACACACAACUUGUGGAGGUCAUGAAGCAUGUGACUAAAUUGUGUAAAUCCGUGGUUCUGAAACUGUGGUCUAUGAGUAUUUAUUGAUGGUCUGUAGAGAGCAGGCUGGUCCCAAGUGCCUGUCUCCUUGUUUCCAGCUGCUAAACUGAAGUAAAAGAUGCUAAAACUACAUUAAACACUUUCCUGAUAUUACUUAUCCAUGUAAAUGAUUAUAGUUGCCCCAGUAGUGUUACUCAAUUGCCAGUAAGAUAGGAGGUGGUCUGCACAGUAGUCAGUAGGAGGGGAGAUUAUCUCAAGGACCAGUCUCUCUAUUAAGAUGUGAUUCACACUGAAAAGUUUUGAAAAUCUUUUAGAUAAAUACAGAGUCAGCUCAGGCAGCUGCACCAUGUUCCAAACUCCCCGACUUCCAAGGGAGUCCUGAGUGUGGAGCCACUGCAGGAUCUGACCCAUGACACUGUUAGAACAUCUACAUAUAUUAUGCACAUAUACAGUAAGUUUGAAAUUAUUGUUGAUGUUUCAGGUGUGAUUCACCCACAUUAAAAGAAGACAUUUUUAUUAGUUAGAUGGCUCAUCCAAGUUUCAAAAUAAAUUAUUUCUUUUAAAGAUUUUUUUAAGAGAUGGCAUUACAGCAUCCAACAAGCAAUGAAGAAACGUACGAGAAAUCAGGAAGGCCAGGAAGAACAACUCUCAAUGCUAAAAGACAGCUCAGAAACAGCUGACAGUAUAAUCCAAAUGCAGAGAAAUACUUUAAACCAUAUUACAUAAUGAGUUUUAUUUGUGCUUGUCAGUAACAAUGUAGAGGGCAUCUUGAGAAGCAAUGUCAAAAAGGCCAUGGUUAACUUGUAAAAAUACAUUUGAUAUUUGCAGUUAGGCCAUGUGAGAUCAUCUAUAUAUAUCCCAAUUAUAGACAACAGUACAUGGGGUUGGAUUAUCUAUGGUUGCAAGUAUAACUGGAAUUUUACUUCCAUUCAUAAAUGGUGGCUGUAAAUCCCACCUGAUUUAUAGAUUUGUGCUCAAUAAGCACCACUAGGUAAUAUUCAGGACAUUGCUUCAUUCAGAACAUUUGUAUUUCAGCAAAGUUUUGAGGUGUAUUUAACAUCUAAGCCCAUCUGUAGAAUGAUUUAUGAAUGCUGAUUGCAAAUGCAGCCUUCUGAUUUACUGUAUUGUCAAUGCACUGGAUGUAUCAAAGAGUGAGUGAGUACAGGUAGGUCUUGCCUAGGUUUCCAGAAUUAUAACUAAUUUUUUUUGUUUUAAAUGCAGAUUAAUAUUAAAUGGUUACAAUGAUAAUUGCCACAUUUCUCUGCAGAAUUUCUAGGGAGCUGUUACUUGAAUGUCUAUAUUUAUUUGUUGAAGGGCACAUAUGUGGAUAAGAGCACAAUCUGAUAUAUUUGAUGUCCAGCUUUUAAUGAAUAUAGACAAAAUAUAAUUGAGUUAGGGAGGGACCCAUUUCUGCUCUCAUUGAAGUGAAUGGCAAAACUCCUAUUGGCUUAAGAUGGAGUAGGAACCAUUCCUUGGCUUGCAAGCAUACUGAAGAGAAUUCAGUGCAUCCACAGUCAUGUCCAGAGCUUAGACAGCAGGUCUGCUUUCUAAUAGCUAUGAGGUUGGGGGGCAUUGUAGGGGACAAAAUCUUGCAGGGCAUUGUAUAGGCACCUGCCAGAAAAUGCUCACCUAGCAUAGAGAGCAGCGAGUGAAAGAUUUCUGCUCCAAUCUUGAAGAGCGGUACUUCUCAGACCUUUUGUGAAAGGAGUCAUGGAGGGCUGGCGUCUAGGGCUCAGAAGCAUGACCUAUGCUUUCUAUAUGCUUUUCCUUUCUUGGCCCAGCAAUGGUCUCCAUCCUGACACACUUGCGCAGGUGUGCACAGAUCACGUGUGGGGCUGCUGCUACACAGAAUGUUGAUACACAACAUUAUUUUAUAAUGAAUGUGUGCCCAGCACCUUAGGCUAGAUAAUGACAUGUCCAUGAGGAAUGAGAAGCUUCCCAACUACAUGUAGCAUGUGAACUAGAGUAGAAAUUACUCCUGUGAGUUACACAGCUGGUCUGUAGAAACUCUCCUGUAGUGCCAUGGCAAUACUGGAAUUCUUCAUGUGGGAAGCUUGGUGUAUCCAUUUGAAUGUUAGAAUCUAGAAUGCCGAGCCAGCUCACAGCUGUUUCACAGCAAGGCUAGCAUCUGAGCUCUGGAAACAAGGUGAAAGGGUAUGGAUACACAGAGUUCUAGUCUGCAUGCCAGGGGAGAGAUUUGGCAGUUAGAACUAGAAUCAUUAUUAUGUUUUCUCAUGUGAGAGUUGAUUAUUUGUUUAAAGUUCCCCGCUCAUUGUGUCUGUGCUGAAUUCAGCCUCAUUUAUCAUGUUUAUGUCAACAGUACCCAACGAAAGUGAGUCUGAUAGUUUGCUUUAUUUUUAUUUAUAAAUUUCAUUGCAGUACAAUAUUCCAGGCUGUGCAAUUGUAAGGGAUUAUUGCAUUUCAUGACUGGUUAAAGUCAUUGGGUUGACAUCCACAUGCCUUAUAGCACCAAAUAAUGCAUACAGUAAUAACCUAGAUAGCCACAGCAUGUCUUAUUGCCUGUAACAGUCAACAUGAUCAAGUGGUCUGAAGAGAGGCCUGAGAACCAGGAACUCCUGCCUUCUGACCCUAACUCUGCCACUACAUGGUCUGUGACCUUGGGCAAAUUAUUUAAACUUUCUGGGGCAAAUUCAUGUAAGUCAGUGGAAACACACCAGGGAUGAAUUUGGCCUCCUGUCUCAGUUUCCCCAUCUGUAAAAUGGGAAUAAUAAACCUUACCUACCUCACAGGAGUGUUCUGAGGAUUAGCUAAUGUUUGUAAAGCACUUAAUAAAAUGCAAAGUACUCUGUAGGUGCUAAGUAAUAUUCAUUGACCUUCGGCACAAGGAAUGUCAUAUUCGAAGGGGCUUGUAAUCUCCCUGAGAGAGGACCAUGGCUCUUUCUAAAAUCAGGAACUCCUAGACAAACAAGUGGGCUGUGUACCCUAUCUAUCCUCCUCAUAGUCCUACCUCUAGAAGAACCUGAUUCUGCUCCCUUUGAGAUCAAUGGCAAAACUCCCACUGACUUCAAUGGGGGCCUCAGAAGGCCUCAAAUGAACAGUACACCUUUUUACAAGCCAACUAAAUGCAAAGGAGUCAGUGGAGAAGCAGGGAGGAAAGCAAAAGAGGCUUGCUUUUCUUUUAUAAAUGCCGACUAGUGAUUCAUUUGUACAGAGCAGCUCUUUAACAUUCAUGAGUCCUGGUUGUUCAUUUGGGGCUUGAUCCUAUUCCCAGUUAUUGUGAUGACAAUGGGGAAAGAUUUCCAUUUAUGUAAAUGGGAGUAGGAUCUGGCAUCAUGGCCUUUGUGCUCUGUUAACUCUUAUCUCAGUGAUAAAGACCUGCUGCACCAGUCCUGAUUAAAUAAGUAAUAUUUAGGGAAAAGUAAACUUUGUUCAAUUGUUGGAUCGAUCUAACAUACAUACACCCCAAUGACUUCAGCCAACUCAGGCCUUGCCCUUUACAUGCAUCAAAACUGAACGUAAUGCAUCUGAUCCAUCUCUUCAUCCAUUUUGCCCUUCUCUCUAGAAAUCCUCUAGAAUCACAGUUGCAAUCAGCACAGCUGCAUAACUUUUAAGGAACAAUUUAAAGCUAAGGGUAUGAAGUACAGGGCACCAUCCUUUAUAUACUCAGGUGAGAUGUAAGAUGAUAAGAAGGUUUUAUAUGGAUCAAAAGAUACAGACCUCCUUUCAAUAUGUUUAUUUCUGCUGGGGCUGGAGUAGAAAGAAGCUAAAUGAUUUCUUCCCCUCACAGUUUGCUAAAGUAGGACCUACUCUGCUCCACUGAAAUCAAUGGCAAUUUAGCAAUUGACUCAAAUGGGAGCAAGUUUAUGCCCAUAAUUAUUUAAGAGGAAAGACCACCACUAGACUUCCAGUUUCCUGGGAGCUUCUUCAUGGCUGGCUAUAUUCAAAUCUUAAGGAGCCUCCGAUUGCACAUUCCUGCUGUAGGUGAAUGCCUUAAGGCUUGCAAAUGGGAGUCAAUAGUAUGGAGAGGCAUAAAGAAAAUACAGCAACAGUUGCAUCUUUUUAUCAGCUAGUGAUACAAGCACAUUUUAGUAUAAAGGAGAUAUCUUGUUUAAGGAUCUCUGCAUGCAACUGAAUAAAACAGUAUGAAUCUUCGUUUCAAUUUGAUUGUGUUUGUUUUUUGAGGAAUUUGCUCUCUGUAAAGUCUUGGAUGCUGACUACUGUAUACAUAAUUACUAUGCACUUUUAGCAAAAAAAAAGUGUGAGCUAUAAAUAAAGUUGUUUCUGAACUCCUUGUA